AUGGAUAACCCCGAUCUUGCCGCCGCGGCGGCCGACUCCGAAACAUUCCAUCUAUUUUCCCACCUUCCCCCCGAAAUGCGAUUCCAGAUAUGGCUUGAGGCUUUGCCCGAGAAGGACUUGCCAGCAUUUACUCCCUACCGAAAUGGUUGCUGGUUCCCCGCUGAUCCUGAACACCUGGAUGCAAGUAGCCUCUACCAAGACCCUGUGCAGUGGAAGUUUUACCACCAAUCUCUCGAUCAGAUUCGUGUCAAGAUACCACUCGCUGACGUGAACCAUGAGGCUCGUAAUAUUGCUAUCGAAUGGGCUCGCAAGCAGGGAAUUAGGGUCAUUACCCAUGAGGACCGGCGGUGCACCAUCUUUCUUCGACCUUUUGAGCCAAUGCGCGACGUGAUCUGGGUUGGUGGGGAUGUGUAUGAACACUUCGUCAACGAGUGCUCUGGGAUUCACGAGUGGCUUCCUUCUCCAGAGAAAGUUUUUCUUCCCGUCGAUAUCGGUCACUUCGCUGUGUCUAUGCAUAUGUUGGUGGAUGAUCAGUGUUUGGGUGCGCUUGCCGACGUACUUUGCAGUUUCCGUGGUGACAUAGUUAUGUGGAUCAUCGCAGACGAGCAUCCAGACUUUAAUGUGAUGCAUGGUGACGACAGAAAGGUGCAGCCGCGAUGGGAGCUUCACGACACACUUGAAGGAGAAGCAAUGAUCUGGGAACGAACGAGCAAGACAUUUGAGGUGGAUCUGCACGCCCGACUCUUCGAGGAGGAUUCCAUUUACUACAAUCGUGUGUUGGAAGGCAGUCAAUUGAUAGCUUGCGUCCUUGGCACAUUCAUGCCCAACAUCAACUUUGAGAUACGGGCUGCUCGUGCCAUCAGACUGUGA